AGUCUUGCCGCAGUUCUUGCCAGUGUUGGAUCGCGCUCUCGGUGUGCGAUUCCUUCCCUUUCGUUGUGCGGGCGCGGGUGGAUUGAUCCGAUGAUCAAUAUUUGCGGAUUGGUGUUUUUUUGUUGUUGUUGUGAAUGUUUGUGGAUUGGUGGGUGAUCGUGGAGAGGGAUUUAUUAUAGACCACUAGUUCGUGGCUUAUAACGAUUGUGCGAAGGUGGUGUCAUUAAAGUUUUGGCUCCGCAAAGCGUUAAAUGCGAUUGAGCCGCAAAUAAAAGAACUAGUGAAAACAAGGUUGAUCAUCCUCAUAAUAGAUCCAGAUCCUGGAUUUUGCCAGCGUGAAGUGUCAAGUGGAAACUGUUUGGUGAAUGGAAUAAUUUUGUGUUUAAUCGUAAAGAAGAAAAGUGCAGUGCCCCUUUGAUACCCAUAUACCUUGUACGCAAAAAAUAGCAGUGAGAAGAGCUAUCAAAUUACCAAGGCGCAAAGUUGAAAUCGAUCGCGCUGUUCGUUUGGGAAGAAGUCGAAGAAGCUGAAACUGAUAGUCUUCGUACAGAGAGUGAGCAAAAAAAAAAACCUAGAAACAACAAAAAAACAACGACUACGAAGCAGAACUGACAAGACCAGGUGGCAGACGGAAUCCGCAUCCCGAAUCAUCCCGGACCCUUUGGCUGAGAACUAACAGUUGAUCGUAUUGCACCUCUAGACGGCUAUGCAAAAAUAAGACUGAGUGAUACAUCGUGCAGAACGCUAUGAAGUCUAGCAGAUCGUGCCGUACACUAUCGUAAUCUGACUAAAUGCCAUGGAAUCGUCCAGUCAUGGUGGUGGAGGCGGAGGCGUCGGAGCAAUCACUAGCCACGGCCAGACCGUUGCCCCGGCCUCCCUUUCGAUAGCACCUUCUCCGUCUGUCGUAUCUCCUGUCUACAAAAAUCCGAUGCGACCGAAGGGCCACUACCGCUCUUCUUCCCUGGAGAAUAACCCGUUCGCAACCGGAGGCGGCAAAUCUUCCCUCAGCUUAGUACAAACCAACUUCACCGGUACGCUCAAGUCCCGUCGAGAGCAGAAGCGAAUAUCUGACUUCCUCAGCAAGCAGAGUCUGCAGCAUGGUGGCAGUGUUGCCAGCAGUGCUUUGAGCGGAUCUGGUAAGGAACCUCAGUCCCUAUCAUCGUCCGUCAACGAGAGCACCAUCCGGAAGGCUCACUUCGAGAACAUCCGGGAAAUCUUCGAAAAGAACAAUAUCAAAAAUGCGCACAAUAGCCGAGUGGGGACCGGGUCUGGGUCGGCUAUGGCCAAAAUCAACGGAUUGGUGGCAUCGGCGCAAUCGGCAUCAUCGUCUUCUUUGGGGCAUGAAACUCCGCUGGCUCAACAGAACGGAGUUGGUCUUUCCAUGGACGAUAAGCCUCCCAAGAUUCAAGCCUGCAGCGGAAUCCUCGGAAAGGGCAAGCAGGUGAUCCGUCCAAUCGCAUUCAAACCAGUUCCUUACAAAUGUAACACACCAAAUUACACCAGUAGUGGCGCUUCUACCACUGGAAACAGCAGUGUCACUGGAGGUGCAGUAACGCCAGGAGGACGUCUUACGGAUCUGGGCGAACGUUUCGGGUCUACGCCAUCUCUUGGAGCACCGCUCAGCAUCCAGUACAAGUUCGGUAGUACGACCGAUCUACACCAUCACCAUCAUCACCACAGUAACAGUGGCCAUCACAGUCUGAAUCUCCAUGGAACCAUGAGCGCGAGAGGUAUGAGCACCCCCAGUGCCGUUGCCAGCGGUCCGUCCAGUGGAUCCUAUUCCCAACACUACGGAUCGCUGCAGAGGAAAAGCUCAGCAAUACCGUUUAAAACAUACGACAGCUUGGAGUCGAUCCUAAAGUUGCCGGACAGUAUGAUCGCAUCCUACCCGAAUCCCAGUACCAGUCAAUCAGCGAGCCUGUACGCACCUCACGAUCUUCUGGACAUGGCUCCGUCCCCGUCGGAUUCGGGCAUCUCCGAGCUGGAAGCGGCUCUGCGCGAUCGCGACUCCGAACUGGCCUACCUCCGGCAAACCAUGGAGCACAAUGAGCAAGUAAUAUUCAAAGUUCAUCAGGACAAGGAAAAGCACUGGGAACAGGAGCUGAAUCGGCUCAAGUCGAUCCACGAAAGUCGACUCCGGGCUGGGGCACAGAAAGUGCACAAGUUGGAGCAGCUGUUGAUGAUGCAGACAUUCCAACUGCGACAGGACAAGAAGCGUCUUCAGGAGGAUAUCAACCGAAUGCAUACGGAAUUCGCCCUGACCAAGGAACAAGCGGAAAACCAAAAAACGGAAAUCUGUCACCUGAAGCUGGGCGAAAAAGAUCUCAAGGAGCAGAACGCUGACCUGAUAGACGAAAUCCAGAUGCUUCGCCGGGUGGUCAGCGAUUUGAAGGAACGUCUCGAAGAGAGCGAGUGGAGCUUGUGCCAGCGGAAUGGCGAAGUGGCUUUGAUGAAGUCGCAAUUGAAAGAUGCUCAGGCGGAAGUAACGACUAAAGAUCAGGAGAUUCUACAGUUGCGGUCGGACAUCAAGCUACAGAACUACGACGACAUUAGUUUGAAAAAGUCUGAGAUAACAAAGGAGCUAGAUUUCGACUUAGAGAUUUCCCAGCUCAACCGCAUCAUUAUCUUCAAGGACCAGAUCAUCGUGGUGAUGAAUAAUGAAAUCCAGAAGUUACGGAAGGAACUGUCUGACAUUUCGAUCUUGCGAGGCUACGAAGGAGCACCACCCGGACGGUACUCUCGCUACAAGAAGAAAUUGGAAUACAUGGCGCAAAAGUUCGAGGAAUCUACCGGUAAAAGUGAUACCAACAACAACCUUAAGGUUGUCCCCACCGAAGUCGUAUCAGCCGAAAAGGCAUCCGAUUCCAACGCAGCCAACCCAACGAAGAAGUCCGAUCUCACCAGUGGCGACAUCAUACGGAACUACUUCAACAAUAAGAUGGAGCUCAACAAAAAGCUCUUCCUCAACACCCAGAUUUGUAACUAUUCGGACGAGGACAAGUCGAGUAUCAUCGAGAACUACAAUGCCAAACAGCUGCCGGACAUCACGUUAGAUCUCAGCAGUAUCGUCUCCCCACCAUCCAAAUCCAAAACCCCCAACGAACCUCCCCCAACCUACAACCAGAGUUCGUCUUCUCCUUCUUCGGAUGACGACUACAAAUCGAUGACGCCAACUCGCGACCAAGAGGAAGACGACGAUGAAGAAGCGGAGGUACGUGCCCUCACGGAUAAGGCAGAUCCUGCCCCAUCGAAGGAUGCCCUCAGUAGCUGUGAUAAGAAACCAAGCAAGGACCUUCAGAUAACGCAACUUCGCAAGGAGCUGGACCACUGUAGGUCGGAGUUCGAGCAAGAGCGGCACAAGUGGGCCGACGAGAAGGAGAAGGUGCUGAUCUACCAGCGCCAGCUGCAGCAGAAUUACGUCGAGAUGUGCAAGCGGACGGCUCUGCUGGAGGAGAAACUGAAAACGUUCGAGAAGCGUCAGUGAAUGAAUCUUGACCUGCGGAAAACUCGAAUCAACGAGUAAACCUAGCUUGUAAGAAACUUCAGAUUUCGUUGAAUUGCAUUUUUGCUACUUUUGCCCCGUGUCCCUCCCUACCUAUUGUAUUAUUACCGAUGUAGUGCUUAAUUUAAGUUGAUCACUGAGAAAAGUCUGACUAUAGAACGGACAUUCCCAUCUCCCGCUAGAACUACAUUUCUUCUCUCUAUAUGGUUAAUGUUAGUUGAAUCCGAAACGAAAAUUCGUACUAUAUGUUUCUUCAAAUGUUAUUAGAGUGAUUCUAGGAUGAAUUUUUAUUUUGUGUCUACUCUUACUAUGUUUAUGAAUAAUAUUUGUCGCUAAACUGUUUAA